AUGGCCUCUCCCCCGACUGCGACCUCCCCUACUGCCUCUAAAUUGGCCUCUCAGCGGAUACCCUCCACGAUAGACUAUCAUCUGAUGGCUACCACGCUCAAUUCCACGCAUCCUACCCCGACCAAUUCUCAUGGAUACGGACCCGCGUCCUCGCCCAUUGUCCACCCACUCAGGCGCCAUCUGCACAGGCUAAAGGGACAUUGGAGAAAUGAAUCAAGACAAUUAAGCACACUGAAUAAAUUUUUGAAAACAUACUGCAAAGCCCUGAUUACGUACGCGACCACCAAUUGGUGGGCCAUAGAAGUCGCCUCUGGGCCUCAUUCU